AUGACUGAAAGCACAGCUACACUAUCAAAAAAUGGAACAUCUGCUAUAAAGCUUGAUCCAAAAGAGAAACGAAUCUUGAAGGAUCAGAUUAAAGUUAUUAAAAGAAAAGAAUCAUAUUUUUCUUUAUAUAGAUUUGCUACAACAUUUGACUGGAUAAUAAUGGUUUUUGGGUUUCUAUUUUCAACGGUCGCAGGAAUUGCCAUGGCUUUCAGAUCAAUCCUUUAUGGACAAAUGACCAAUUAUUAUGUUCGUUUUCAAACUUCCUCGAUUGACACUAUUGAAUUUUCCGAAGAAAUAAAUUUCCUUGUAUUGGCUUUUAUAUCCCUUGCAAUUGUCACUUUCGUUGCUACGUAUAUAUCUAUAACUGCUUGGGUAUAUACUGGUGAAAGAAUCGCACGACAAAUCCGUGAACGAUAUUUUCGCGCUGUUCUUAGGCAAAACAUGGCUUAUUUUGAUGAAUAUGGCUCAGGUGACGUUACUUCUCGCAUUACUUCUGAUAUACAUAUGAUACAAGAUGGUAUAAGUGAAAAGGCUUCUAUCACUUGUCUAUAUAUUUCAAAUUUCCUUGCGUCAUUCAUUAUCGCUCUUAUAAUAAAUUGGAAAAUGACACUUACGACAAGCGUCAUUAUCCCUUUUCUUAUGAUCAAUAGUGCUAUAAUGAAUAAAUAUAGUACUAUUUUUACGAAAAGGGGUUUGGAAUUUUAUUCUCGUGCUGGAACAAUCGCCGACGAAGUUAUUUCAACCAUCAGAGUUGCGGUUGCCUUUGGUGCUCAAAAGAAACUCUCUAAACUUUAUGAUACUUUCUUGGAUAAUUCAAAAACAGAAGGGUUUAAAAGAAAUUUAUUAGUUGGUUUUUCUCUUGGCAUAAUGUUUGCUGGCGUCCCUGCAUUUAAUGCUUUGGUCGUUUUGGUUGGUUCAUCAAUGAUUAUUGAUAAUGAAAUAUCUGCCGGAGAGGUAUGUGGCUAUAUGAGUAUUUCCAAUUUUUUUGACUAUAUUCAGUCUCUUAGUCUUGCUACUGGCGCUAGUUCAAAAAUAUUUGAAACUAUCGAUCGUGUUCCCCCGAUUGAUAUCGCUUCUGAUACCGGUGAUAAGCCCGAAAACGUUCUGGGUCAUAUUAGAUUUAAAGAUAUAAAUUUCAUUUAUCCGACUCGCCCUGAUGUUAAAAUUUUAAAUGAUAUAUCAUUAGAUGUUGAACCUGGUUCUAAUGUUGCUCUCGUUGGUUCUUCAGGUUCCGGUAAAAGUACGAUUGUAUCUCUAAUACUUCGUUUUUAUGAUCCUCUUUCUGGUGAUAUAUUUCUUGACGGACGUAGUAUCAAAUCUCUUAACUUAACUUGGCUUAGAAGACAAAUAAGCCUUGUAAGUCAAGAACCUGUACUUUUUAGAACUACUAUAGCUGAAAAUGUAUCUUAUGGAUUGGUUGGUUCUAUUUAUGAAAAUUUACCCGAUAACGAAAAACGUGAAAUGAUUGAAAGUGCUUGUAAGACAGCUAAUGCUCACGAUUUUAUUAUGGAUCUUCCUGAUAAAUAUGAAACUUUGGUUGGUGAACGUGGAAUUUUAUUAUCUGGCGGACAAAAGCAACGUAUCGCGAUUGCUCGUGCUAUUAUUAAAGAUCCAAAAAUUUUAUUACUUGACGAAGCUACUAGUGCUCUUGAUGCACAAAGUGAGAGUGUAGUCCAAGAUGCGUUAGACAAAGCCUCAAAGGGUCGCACAACAAUAGUUAUUGCUCAUCGUUUAUCCACUAUUCGCAAUGCGGCAAAAAUUAUUGUGAUGAAUAAUGGUUUUAUUGUGGAAUCAGGUACACACAGAGAGCUACUAGAUAAAAAAGGUUUUUAUUCUAAUCUAGUUGAAACUCAACAGAUUCAACAGAUUCAACAGACCGUAAAGGCUGAGGAAAACCUUAAUAUAACUUCACCGAAAGAUGAAUCCGUUACAUCAUUCACUACUAUCAAGGAUUAUGAUAACCCAAUUUCUCGUGACUCUUCUAGUUCUAAUUUGGUUAAGCAAAAAGAUGAUGUUGAAAUGGGAUUAAAACAUAAUGAGCAUAAUUACACUGGUUUGGAAUUGAUCAAGAAAGUAGCUGCCUUCAAUAGACCUGAAUGUCUUAUGCUUUCCAUAGGUGUAAUAUCAUCAAUCAUUCAUGGUGCCAUUUUCUCAAUUUUUGCUCUUAUCUUUGCUAAUGUUAUUCAAGCAUUCACAAAAUCUGAAGGUACUUUACGUAAUGAAGCAAUAUUCUGGGCUUUUAUGCUUUUUAUAUUUGCUGGAGUGACUUUUUUUGUGAGUUUCUUCCAAAAUAUUACCCUUGGAUUUGCGAGCGAAAAGCUUUCCGAAAGACUUCGAUCCAGGUCUUUCGCUUCUAUUUUACGACAGGAUAUCUCAUUCUUUGAUGACGAAGAGCAUAGUGUGGGCAUUUUGACUAGUCAAUUAUCAUUAGAUGUAACUCAAAUUAGUGCUUUGACUGGUGUUUCACUUGGAAAUUUGUUACAAAUAACGGCUUUGAUCUUUUCUUCCGUAAUAGUGUCUCUUAUAGUUGGUUGGAAGCUCACUUUAGUCUGUAUAUGUGCUAUACCUUUAAUGAUUGGAUCUGGUUCACUACGUAUAAAAAUGUUAAAUAGUUUCCACCAAAAAACCAAAAAAGCUUACGAAUAUUCAGCGCAAAUAGCUAGUGAAGGUGCUGCUAAUAUUCGAACGGUCGCUGCUCUCACUCGUGAAAAUCAUUUAUGGGAAAUAUAUCACAAUUUACUGGACGAACCCACGCGUCAAGGCAUUAGAAAUGCUUACUUGGCCUCCAUUCCGUUUGCUUUUGCAAAUUGUAUCGCCUUUUUAUUAAAUGCUUUAGCAUUUUGGUAUGGUAGUAAACUGUUUAUAGCUAAUGAAUAUGAUAUUAGAAAAGUGUAUACGAUUUAUGUAGCAAUUGUUGUUGGGUCAUCGGUUACUGGUCGUUUCUUUGCUUAUGCUCCAGAUAUAGCUAAAGCCAAAUCUGCAUCUGCUUCAAUAGUAUCAAUAUUAGAACGUGUUCCUAAAAUUGAUACAUGGAAAAAUGGUAAAACAAUUGAAACUGUAAAAGGUCACCUUAAAUUCUCCAACGUCCAUUUCUAUUAUCCGACUCGACUUGACGUUCAGGUUCUCCAAGGUCUAAAUUUAGAAGUCAAGCCUGGUCAAUAUGCGGCAUUAGUUGGUUCGUCUGGAUGUGGUAAAAGUACCGUAAUAAGCCUUAUUGAAAGGUUUUAUGAAGCGACAGAUGGUACAAUUACAAUUGAUGAAAUGAAUAUUGCCAAAAUGGAUGUGAAUCAUCUUAGAGCGCAUAUGGCUCUUGUAAGUCAAGAACCAUCAUUGUAUGAUAUGACAAUAAAGGAAAAUCUUCUUUUGGGUAGCAUACCUGGACAAAAUAUUACUCAAGAUGAUCUAGAAAAAGUAUGCCGAGAAGCAAAUAUUCAUGAAUUUAUUAUUGGGUUACCUGAUGGUUAUGAUACGCGCGUUGGUGCAAAAGGAGUACAACUUUCUGGCGGUCAAAAGCAACGAAUUGCUAUUGCCAGAGCACUUAUUCGAAAUCCCAAAAUUUUACUACUCGAUGAAGCAACAUCAGCUCUAGAUUCAGAAUCCGAAAAAGUUGUACAAAAGGCUCUUGAUGCUGCCGCUCAUGGGAGAACAACCUUAGCAAUUGCACAUAGAUUAUCAACAAUUCAACAUGCCGAUAUUAUAUUUGUUUUACAAGGUGGUAAAGUUCAUGAACGAG